AUGCCUCGCUGGCCAUUUUCAUUUGCACUCCUGGAGAACAAGGACGACAGAGCCCCUUGGAAUGCGGCAAUCAUCCCGUAUCUCGAACUCAAGCAGGUGUUCGACUUAGUGCCAGACACCCACAUUAGCAAGGCAAAGUAUGACGACCAUCAUGAAGUCAGCUACUUUACCCAAUUCGUCCGACGAAAGCUCUAUCUAGAUGCUAAGCUGCUUGACGAGAAUAGCCGGGUGUGGAAGGAGUUGCAGGAAGCAGACCCGGGUUUCAGAAAGAUCUGGCACAUCCACCACUUUGCGGUUUACGACUCGGACGUAAAAGAGGAUGGCUUCCCCGAGAAGUGGAAAGACAAGAAAUGGUUCGCAAACUGGGUCCACACGAACGUCAUAAGCCAGCUUAGAAGGCUCGACGAGGAAACAUUGAAGAGAGGGACCGACGUUAUCCUGCACACGAAUUCCGUGAAGAAGUGGGAAGCCGAAAAGAAAAAGUAUGAGGACGACCUUGAGAAACAGAGGCUGGCGCGUCUCUCGAAGGGGGAGCUCGCCCUUGAGAAGAAGCAGAAAAAGUGGGAGGAAAAGCUAGCCAAGGACGUCAAGAACCUGAUCUAUAAUACAUCAAAAACACUGAUCGAAAACUCCAAAGAAAUUAGGGAGAGCCUUGAUAAGGAGAAGCACGCCAAAGAUCAGAAAGAAGAUUGGGAGACUCGCAGGGCGGCCCAUAUGAAGCACCUGGAACCCGAGGAUACAAUAAGAUCGAAGGAGAUCAGCGAGAGCGCAGAGUACGCUUACAGCCAGUCACUUGGAUGGGAGGCGAAGAGAAAUGAGGAGUGUGAGAAGCUGCACAAGCUCUUCAGAGAGCAGGACGAGCUCUUCAAAGAGCUGAAGCACUACGAGAGUUUCCUCAUGGACCCUUGA